AGGGCGGGACCAGUGCAUGUCCUCUUUUGCAACCAGACUAGAGACCUCACUGGUCCCAAGCUUCUGUCUUUCUACGAUGUGGUUCUGUGCUCUCAUCCUGGUGUCUCUCACUGCUUGCACAGCUUGGGCAGGUCACCCAUUCUCACCACCUGUGGUGGACACUGCACAUGGCAGAGUCCUAGGGAAGUAUGUGAGCUUACAAGGAUUUGCACAGCCUGUGGCUGUUUUCCUGGGAGUCCCUUUUGCCAAGCCCCCUCUUGGAUCCCUGAGGUUUUCUCCACCACAACCUGCAGAACCAUGGAGUUAUGUGAAGAACACCACCUCUUAUCCUCCUAUGUGCUCCCAAGAUACAGUGGCAGGGCAGAUGGUCAAUGACCUUCUAACCAACAGAAAGGAGAAAAUUGCUCUCACAUUUUCUGAAGACUGCCUCUACCUAAAUAUUUACACUCCUGCUGAUUUGAUGAAGAACAGCAGGCUUCCAGUGAUGGUGUGGAUCCAUGGAGGCGGACUGGUGGUGGGUGGGGCAUCAACCUAUGAUGGACUGGCCCUCUCUGCCCAAGAAAAUGUGGUGGUGGUGACCAUCCAGUACCGCCUAGGCAUCUGGGGAUUCUUCAGCACAGGGGAUGAACACAGCAGGGGGAACUGGGGUCACUUGGACCAGGUGGCUGCACUGCGUUGGGUUCAGGACAACAUUGCCAAUUUUGGAGGAAACCCAAGCUCUGUGACCAUCUUUGGAGAGUCAGCAGGAGGUGAAAGUGUCUCUGUUCUUGUGUUAUCUCCUCUGGCCAAGAACCUCUUCCAUAGGGCCAUUUCUGAGAGUGGUGUAGCCCUGACUCCUGUUCUGUUUGGGAAGAAUGUCAGACCCUUGGCUGAGCACAUCGCAAUUACUGCUGGGUGCAAAGCCACCACAUCAGCGGUCAUGGUUCACUGCCUGCGCCAGAAGACAGAUCAGGAGCUCUUGGAGACCACACUGAAGUUGAAUCUUUUUAAGUUUAAUUUACGUGAAGACUCUGAAAAGAGCCAUCCCUUCAUGCCAACUGUGGUCGAUGGAGUGUUGCUGCCAAAGGAACCUGAAAAGAUUCUGGCUGAGAAGAAUUUCAACACUGUCCCCUAUAUCGUGGGAAUCAACAAACAAGAAUUUGGGUGGAUUAUGCCAAUGAUGGUGGGAUUUCCACCCCCUGAAGAAAAAUUUGACCCGAAGUUGGCUAUGUUUCUCCUGCAGACGUUUGACUCCAUGCUUACAUUGCCUGAGAAUCUGAUUCCAGUGGUCAUUGAGAAGUAUUUAGGAGGGACAGACGACCCCAUCAAAAAUAGAGCCAUGUUCCUUGACUUGAUAGCAGAUAUGGGUAUUGGUAUCCCAUCUGUGAUUGUGUCCCGUGGCCACAGAGAUGCUGGAGCCCCUACCUACAUGUAUGAGUUUGAGUAUCACCCAAGUUUCUCAUCACCCAUGAAACCCAAGACAGUGAAAGGAGACCAUGGAGAUGAGAUCUACUCAGUAUUUGGUGCCCCAUUAUUAAGAGAAGGUGCUUCAGAGGAGGAGACCAACCUCAGCAAGAUGGUCAUGAAAUUCUGGGCCAACUUUGCUCGGAAUGGGAACCCCAAUGGGGAGGGGUUGCCUCAUUGGCCAAAGUAUGACCAGAAGGAAGGGUACCUGCAGAUUGGCGCCACCACCCAGGCAGCUGAGAGACUGAAACAGAAGGAGGUAGCUUUCUGGAGUGAGCUUCUGACCAAGAAGUUACCACAAACAGAGCACACAGAGCUGUGAAUGGGAAGCCUGGACAGUUCGGGAGACCAGAGGAGCCAGGAAAUCAUGUUCUACAGAAAGUAUUUGUAGGUCAAAGGGGCAUCUUACUGUAGAGGAUGGAGAAUUGUGUGGUGGGGAUGGGCAGAGGCAAGGGAGGGAAAAUGUCUUUACCUCUGGCCUCUGUUAAAUAAAUGUUCCUUUGGAGACAAAAAUCAGUGCCUUGUGCUGG